AUGGCUCAGCAUCAUACCGUUUCAGGUCUUCGUGGGAAGCUUGUGACUGAAGUAGAGGUUAACUGCAAUCCUGACAAAUACUACGAAAUAUUUAAGCACCACGAAGAGCUUCCUAAAGCAAUGCCACAUUUUUAUAGCAGCGUCAAAGCUAUCGAGGGGCAUGGAACAACUUCCGGUUGUGUCAAGCAGUGGGACUACAUUAAGCAUGGUAAGACAUUGUAUGUUCAUGAGAAAACAACGUACAUUGACGAAACAAGGACGAUACAUCAUGAACUCGUUGGAGGUGAUUUGACGAAGGAUUACAAGAAGUUUGAUCUAACUCUUGUAGUUGAUCCAAAGACUAAUAUGGGAGUAUUGUGA